UAACGACCGAAAAAACUAAAACGUUCUUUUGAGUUAAGAAAACGUAAACACAAACAUAGAAAGGUCAGUGAAGAAGGGAAGAACCGAAGAGGAGAAACACAGAGAGAGAGAGAGAGAGAGAGCAACAAACAUUCGAUAAUCCAAAUCAGAAAAGAUGCAGUCAACACUUUAUAGAGGGGUGUCUAUGAGGAAAGAUAAACCUAGAGGUCGUCAACAUGGGUUGUCACAACAAAAGAGGCAGGAGAUAAGGGAAGCAUUUGAGCUAUUUGAUACAGAUGGGUCUGGUACUAUUGAUGCCAAGGAGCUUAACGUUGCCAUGAGAGCGUUGGGAUUCGAAAUGACAGAAGAGCAAAUCACUCAAAUGAUAGCGGAUGUAGACAAGGAUGGGAGUGGUGCCAUUGAUUUUGAUGAAUUUGUUCAUAUGAUGACUGACAAGAUGGGUGAAAGGGAUACAAAGGAGGAGCUCAUGAAAGCUUUCCGGAUCAUUGACCAAGAUGAGAAUGGAAAAAUAUCUGCUUCAGACAUUCAAAGGAUUGCGAAGGAUUUGGGUGAAAGCUUCACUGACAGGGAGAUUCAGCAGAUGAUUGACGAAGCAGACAAAGAUGGUGAUGGCGAAGUCAAUUCGGAGGAGUUUAUCAGGAUGAUGAGGAAGACCAAUUAUGGGAGUUAACAUGUUGGUUUCCUCUUAAAAAGGACUACUGUCAACCUUAACUUAAUUGGAUUUAGUUAUGUUUAUUUGAAAUCUCUUUUGUACUGUAAUUAUACGAUCCGGAAUUAGUGUUUGGGAAUAUGGGUAUUAACAUGUGAUAUAAAUGUAUUAUUUAAGUUGUGUCAUUUCUACUAUA